ACUAGAUAGCGCUAGUAUCGAUAUUGCAUCUCUGUCACUCUUUUCGAUACGGUGUGUAGGUUUUUGAAGAAUUCAAUCUACUUCUCGUCGUGUAAUAAGCCUCAAUUUCUUCUUUCAUUUGAUAAUCGCAGUGUUUCACAUUGUAAGCAUCAUCUCCGGAAUUGUGCAAAACAUUUUAUAAGUAAAAGUGGGAUUUAUAUUUUUAAUGAACUUCGGUAAUCAGUGAUUGAAUCAAAACAAUGUUUUUGUGUGAAAUAAGCAAGUGAAGAAAGAUGAAGCGAACAUUAUUCAUACUGUGACCUUUUCACACCGUCAGGAGCAUUUUAUAUCAUGAUGGGCCCUAUAAGAAUAAUUAAAUUCCAAUAGUAAGAAACAAAUCGUGCGCUACCAGUUUUAUUGCCAGGUACUAAAGCUUUACAAUGGGUCCGAAAAGGGCUCCGCCAUAAAAUUAUCACUGUCAGGCUUCGAGGGUCAUCGUAAAACUAAUAGACAGUUGAUGACUUCGAUUCCUAAAAACUCAGCAGAGAAUGUCGCAACGGCCCCGGAGCGCCGGGUGGACGACAAGCGAUGAUCGGAGGGUCGAAAGCGAUGCCAGGUGUAGUCCCGUACGGUCCGGCACAGGAUCGCGUCUCGGUGCGUUCAGCUAGUGAGCAGCCGGCUUACUCGGCGUGUGAUGUGUCUGCGCGAUGUCAGGCAAGCCCGCCAGUGUGGGCGCGUCGCGAGCAGGCGUGCCCGGCGCCCCGGCGCGCGUGCUGGUGUACGUGGCGGACCCGCGCCAGCUAGAGCCCGGCGCCGCGGCGUCUGAGCCGCCCGCCGCGCCGCCGCCCUCGCCCCUCGACGCGCUCUACCUGCCCGACCCGCACCAGCUCGCCGUGCCCCGGAACGCCCUCUACAGGACCCAGGUCGACUGCAGUGAGCAGAGGAACCGAUCCAACGCUGUCUUCUACAAAUCUGCCAAUGAUGUCGAUGGGAAACUCGGUGUGUUCGGUUCCCCUGACAACGUUCCCCAUCGUCCUGACUUCUUGCAGAUACCGCAAUUUCUAAAAGACCAAAAUUUAAAAGUUGACGAUGUUAAAGUGAAUGAACACACAGGAAAUCUAAACAUUAAAACUGACUGUGUAAAUUCAGUGAGUGCGGUUGAAUCGUUUCAAUCUAGGGUGACUUUGGAAGGAGGUGAUUUGGCUACAUAUCAAAGAUGUGCUGGCCAGUUAGGUCCCGAUAGUGCUAUGCCCUCUAUGCAUCAAGUGGCGCUGCAGCACGGCCACAACCAGUUCAGUGAAAGUGUCACGGUGCAGGCCAGUGGUGACGGUUCAAACUCUGGUGACCGAGAGUUGUCGAGAAGUUAUGUGAACUAUCAAGUUUUAGAACAAAGUGUAUCUCACCAGUCAAUAGUGAAUCAAAGUAUAAGUAUAUUGAAUCAGCAAGUGGGAGUGAGUAGAGGAAUUGCUAGUGAAGGUGACAGUGGGCCCACUCCUCAGCUGGUUCGGACUGCAGACGGAGUAGUGUUGGCAGUAUUACCAUCGUCUGUCCUACCUCAAGCUGUCGACAGCACUGAUCUCAACACCAGGACUGUGCCCUCUGAUUCUCCACAGACUAUUAUUGUGCCUUUGGGUUGGAGGAGAAUCAUAAAUGGAACAUCAGUACUCUACAUCAGCCCAAGCGGGACGGCGUUGAGUACUCUUCCACAGUUGCGGGACUACCUUCAGACAACUGGUACCUGCAAAUGUGGGUUGCCCUGUCCUUUAAGACCAGAGACUGCAUUCAGUUUUGAUCCUAAGGUGGUUAGUAAGGCGUAUCAAGGGAGUUCUGGCACGGAGCUGACGAAGCUGUGCAACCACAAGCGGAAACUGCUGGCGACGCUGCAGGCGCGCGCCAACUCGCCCGCCACCCCGCCGCCGCAGCAGCAAAUAGAACAGAAGAAAGCCACCGCCGAAGUAGCGGUUUUGAAGAAGAAAAUGAAGAAAAGACAAAACUUUCCGCCUAACAUGACCGUGUCCCAGAUGAUGGUGCAGAGAGAACGACCACUUAACGACUUCAAGCCGCAGGAGAACGAACACAAUCGGACGGUUUCGCCCGGUGUAGGGCCCCAGCGGCCGAACAACGGUCAGUCUUGUCUACCCACAUUUGCACCCGUGCAACAAAACUUACUGAACGCCUUCCCGCAAGACAAUGAGCCCAAACAAGACACGCACAUACAAAGGAGCUCCCACUACCUCACUGUCAGCAGCGGGUGGAUCACACAACAGCAACAAGAGACCGGUGAAGGACAAAAGCCUUCCCAGCCCAAUACACCCUCGGCUAAUGCGCCGCCAAAUGUCAACAUGCCAGUAUUAGGUACCAAUGGACAGAUUAUCGGAGUCAACACCACCUACACUAAACAAACUAAUUAUAAAAACGUCAUGGGCGUCGUAGCACAAAAUAUGAUCGAACAAGAAGUUAAAGAUGAAAAGAAAGACAUUCCAGUACAGCAAAACGUUCAACCCUUAAAGAAUUCGGUUAAAGAAGAAGAAUCCCAAAUUUUUUGUGGUCUGAACCAAGCACUGACUCCCGAAGUGAUGCAAAAAAUCAACGAACAGCAGCAGAUCUUCAUACAACAAAAUCAGAAACAAAUAGAAAUAGCUAUGAAAGGUUUUAAAACGCAGUUGGCGGAAAACGUUAGUCAAUGUAAACUCCAAAAUCAAAAUCAGUAUGUGCCACAAGGACAGCUAGUGAUACAAAACGGAGCUGUCGUCAAAACCAACCUUGCCAAAACUCCACCGUGGCAAGUUAAGAGGAACGAUGCAAACAAUUCUAACCAAAUGACGAGCCCUAACAUGAAAUCGCAAAAAAUAGAGAAUUUGGACUUUGAAGAGUCCAAUGCAAGCAUAUCAGAUGAACCUGUAAAUUCAUAUAACUCAUUCCCUAACAACGAGCAUCACAUGAGCCAAGCGAUGUGUUCUCGGGUGCCACCUUUACCCCAGCAUUACAACAUGCUAAAUCAACAAUGGCCUAAUAUGGAAAUAAAUAAGAAAAAGGUAAAAAAUAACAGUAAGGGAUCUAAAAAGAAAGCUAGUCCAACUGAAAACAAGUUGGUAUCGUUUGGUGGUAAUGGCAUGCGGCAUAUGCCAGAUAAUAAAAAUGAAAUGCCUCAUAAUAACGUGCCGUCAUUCAUGGAUGACCCAAGUGGUUAUCUAGCACAACAAACAGUGUUAUUGAAUAACACGAUAUCUAGACAAGGUAUUAACUCAUCGUAUGAUGCAAAUCAUUACGAUAAUCCUAAUUGUUACGGCGGACAAAAUCAGGUUGAGAGGUCGUGCAAAUCUAAUAAUAAACCUUUCGACGUAGCCAAUACCUACAGGGGUAAUCUGGUGCCAAACCCUUCGCCAUCGCCCAAUAACACCCCAGAUAGCAGCGUAGUGUCGGACAAAAAUAUGGAUAGUCAAGUUCCUCAAUGCUGCAAAGGUUGCAAUGUCUCAAUAAAAGGCUGCGGAACAGAAUUUUCUGAACAUCAAAUGAGAUUUAAAUAUAUGAAGCAGUGUUCGUUCAAAAUGGAAACUGACGGAAAUCUCGCUACUUGCAGUCCAAAGCACAGCUUUGAUGAUAACCCAGUAACGUCAUCAACCUUCAUCGACCGAAGUCCUUUGAUCAACGAUAACUGCGGGCCAAUUCAAGCCGGGACGGUCAGUACCAGCAAUGUGUCUCCGACUGAGACGUUACAACCUCCCGAACCCUCACCUACUUUGUCCAAUAGUUCGAGGAAUACAGAUACGCCACACAGCAGUGGCAGCAGCGGUACGCAAAUGCAGUCCAAUUGUUCGUACCCAAUUCCUAGUCCCGCAUACUCUAAUCCAGGAUCUUGUAAAGAGAACUUCAAUAGUAAUCCGCCUACUCCCGGAGGAGGACAUGUUUAUUCCUUCAACUCGCCUGGACCUCCUAACAACCAAUCUAUCAGUGGAACACAAAUGAUGCACUUCAUAUCAAACCAUAACGUCAAUAAGAAUCUAAUGGAAGUUGACAACAUAUCAAUGGUGGGAGUCAAACCUGGAAUAAAACCUAUUCAGGAUACGUUUAGAGUGGAACCUAGAAGACGAGUAGAAAAUUCCAUGCCAGGUUACUGCCCGCCUCCACAUUUAGGCGGCGGCCCAGCACAUUCCCUGAUACAAACAUGUUACGUUCAGACGUUCGUUACAACAAUGGCGAGUGGAUUUUCCGUCACUCGCGAUACGGUCACAUCAGUUUUAGCCGGAAAAGCUAACACCGCUACAACAUCCAUUAACGCGUCUCAAGCUAACUUCAUUAGACCGCCACCGCCUCCGAGCGUCAAUCUAGCGACCACUUAUGCCAUUCCUAAUAAUCAACCCGAUCCAUUUAUAAACUCGGUCAAUUUACCUACAAGCUAUCCGCUUCACAUCGCUGGUACGACAGCUCAGAAUAUGAUAUCGAAAUCGCCAUUCGAAAUGGUACAAAACGUUAUCGGCAGUUUACCUUCCAAGCCCGAAACAAGUAACGCGCAAACUACGAGCUUGUCGCAAAUGUCGAGGAGGCCGGGGCACACCACACCCGGUCAAAUUUUAAUAUCUUCCACUGGUCAAAUAAUAGUAUCAACUAACCAAAUGCCUCCACCACCCCCGAAGACAACGACAGCUGUGUCGCCUAUACAAGGCUCAAACGCCGUGACCAACGUCACCACGUCAGUAACGCAAGUCGUCCCCGCAGUGGGAGGGGUCCAGCAAAUGGUCAACCAACCCACCGUGGUCGUGAACACUUUACCUGCACCUUUCGUUAUACAACCGCCUAUGAUGGCCGUCGACGGCCAAGUCGUCCAGCAAAACACUGUUAUGCCCCAAAUCGGCAUCGUGUCUGGGCAGUCUCCGAACGAAAGCCCUCGUCAGAUAGAUAUGAAAAACGGACAGAGUUUCGUCCAAGGGGUGGCCAUGCUUUCGCCCGAGAGUAUGAAAAAGAGGAGCAAGAAGAAGAAAACUACGAGCAUCACAAACGUCCUGCAAAUAGCUGCACCCCAACAGAACCCGAACAAUCUCAUGGUUCACCACACGUCGCCGCAACACAAUUCUAGUCCACAGUUUUCGCCGCGCGGCUUCCAGCUAUCGCCCAACAAUAACAUUUCUCCGACGCCGAUGCUGCAAGCGUUGACGAUCGUCCCCGGAAAGUCCGGCACCCCCGCACACAUAGUGAUGAACGGCCAGGGGAGCACGAACAGUUUCGGAUCUCAACAGAUCAUCACGAACACGUCGCCCUCGCAACAAAUAAAUCUGCUGCAACCCGUGAAUCUGAUCAACAACGCGAGCGGCGUGAUGCCGAACUUCCCGGCUUUCCAGCAGUUCAUAGUGCCGAACCUCGGCGGCAUGGUGAUGACCACCGACGGGACGGCCAUCAUCCAGGACGGCUCGACCGGCAUGCCCGUGCAGCUGCAGCUGCAGACCGUCAACGGGCAGAACGUGCUCACGCCCGUGCAGACCCCGGGCGUGUUCGCCGGCGCCAACGGCGGCGUCGUCAUCCGCGCGCAGGGCCAGCAGGGCAAGAUGAUCCAGUCGCAGCACAGCCCCGGCGCGCAGUUCCUGUCGCCGGGCGGCCCGGUCGUCGUCAACGGGCCCGGCUUCAACGGCCAGCUGAGCCCGCUGCUCGCCAACCUGAGCCCCACCGGCGUGCAGUUCAACGCCGGCCCGCAGCCGCGCGGCGGCGCCGUGCAGCAGGACUUCGCGCAGAACCAGCUCGGGCAGGCGACGGUGCCGCUGUCGCCGAAGCGCGCGCUCGCGCCCGGCGCCGGGAGUCGCGGCAACUCGACCUUCGUGCAGCAGAACACGACCAUAGUGCAGCAGCAGACGACGCUCGUGUCGAACUCGCACUCGCAGCUGGGCGGCGGGCGGUCGCGGCUGAGCAUCGACCCGUCGGUGCUGCUGGCGCCGAAGCCGAAGGCCGCGGGGGAGGCGGAGGCGAAGGGCGAGGAGCUGGCGCGCGGCGGGGACUUCGUGCGCCACUCGGUGUCCACGCAGACGCUGGCGGGCGCGGCGGCGGCGGGCGGGCGCGGCAAGUCCCCGGGCGCGCCCGACACCACGACGCACAGCCCGCUGGGCGCGCUGGAGCCGGCGGCGUCCCCGCGGCGCCGCGCGCGCCCCGACACCACCACCAAGUCCCCGGAGCCCGCUGACGCCAGCUCAUCGGCCAUGGUGCAGUGCGUGUCGAGUAGUGAACAGGACAUGGCCGAGUCCCGCGAGCACGCCUGGCCCGCGCCGCGCCCUGACUUCGGCAGCGAUAGCGAGAACCAAAAUAUGAUGUCAAAUGUGCAACUGAUGCGUCAAAAUCGCGUUCACAAUUCAGUGGAAUCAUCCGAACUGCAUUAUAACCAAAAUAUGAACGCGCCAGCGGUGAAUAACAACCAACACAACGCUAUGCCUAUGUCAUCGAAUUACUAUGAGCGAACCUACUCUAAUAAGCAGACGUACAAAAGGAAGAACGAUUUUGGCGAUGGCCCCACAUUCCGGACUGAGAAAAUUAUGAGGACCAACUACAACAUGGUCCAUGGACUUCCCAAGGAAUCAGAAUUCGAAAACAUGGGGAUUACUUCGCCGGAGAAAGUACCGACGAGGCAAUUCCCUCCCACUGGGACCAGUUCGGACGCUUCUGCUAUCCAGAAAGUGUUUGACAGGCAUAAUUUAGGUUCCGGCGACGAUGGCAAGCCGGCGGAGGCGGGGCCGGCGGCGGGCUUCGCGGCGGGCGACGUGGUGUGGGGCCCGGUGCGCGGGCACGCCAUGUGGCCGGGCUCGCUGCGGUCGCGCGCGGCGGACGGGCGCUGGGCCGUGCGCUGGUUCGGCGCCGCGCCCGCGCCCGCGCCCGCGCUCGUGCCCGCGCGCCGCCUGCUCACGCUGUCCGAGGGCCUGGAAGCGCACCACGCCGCGCGCACCAACCAUCGGAAGAGUAGAAAAUUAAACACUCUUCUUGAAAACGCGAUUCAAGAGGCGAUGGCGGAGCUCGAUAAAAAAAGCGAAGGCGUUACCGAGAAACCACCUGAGGAAACGGAGGAGGAAGUCAACACAAGUGAAACUAUAACCGAGACACCCAAAAGGAGCAAAAAGCAGGAAAAAGUCCGGAACAAAGACAAACAUCACAAGAAAAAUUCUGCAAAAUUAGCACCAAAUCUUAGUAAAACGGGUGACACCAGUCGAUUGCGUAGUUCGCGAUGACAUUAUAGCGAUUCAACGCCCUCACCGGGAAUAUGCAGAAACUGGACUUACGAGGCCAUCGCACUUGACGCGAACGAGCCAGUUUGGAGAGCGAGCGACAGGUGGCGCCACUGGGACAGUGGGAUUUAUUGGGCCGAUUGUUUAACGCUACAGGAUUAUACAGACUCCGCCUUACAAAGAUUUUAAGAUUAUUAUUUAGCAAUGUUAAAUCACAACACGUCUACGUGAAAUUCUGAGACUGGGGUGCUACCACAAAACGCUACAAAAAUCACACAACAUGAACUCUAUGAAAGCUUUCUUAUCGAUUCCUGUAAGAUAAAUUUUAAUAUUCAGCGGUGUUUAGUAAACUUAAGAAUAAAUUAAAUGUUAUAAUAGUUAGACAAAUAUUGAGAUUAUAUGGUAUAUAUAUUUGAAUUGCUUAUUUCUCGGGUUUAUAAAAAUUCUGCUAUAGCAUUCACAAAAAUAUAUGAUGUAAACUUAUUUUCAAAUAUGUAGUAAUAAUUGAACAAUAGAAAUUUCAUAUUUAUCAUUUCAUUGCAAGUAUUUUAUUUGCAUAGAUUCGUUUGGACUUAUUAUGAGGUUCCUAAAAGUAAAUGUAUGUAUUACAGUGCAAAAUUUUUAGAAUUUCUUAACAAUUGACGUUAUCAGUGGUUAAUUACUGUUUUUAAUAUUAAAUGUAAUUUUAAGGGAUAACAGUGGUUUAAAAUCAUUGUUGUAUUGCGUUACUCUUUAGAAUAGGUAGCGUAUUAAUUGUGUAGAUGUCUUUUAAAUAUCGAAGUUAAUUCCAACACCUGUCAUCGAUGUAUUGUACAAUUAUAGAAAACUGUAAAUUGAUAAGAAAUUAUGCUAUAUAUCGUGUAAAUUUAUGUGUUUUGUUAGAGAGUAAUAAGUAUAACAUGAUUUCUAGUCAAAAUAUUGAGCAUAUUGAAAUGUAGAUAUUAAAUAUGAAGGUAAUUGACAAUAAAACUGGCCUGGCGUUUGUUGACGUUGCGCAUUACCUGUCAACAUUGUUUCGUUUACAUAAUAAAUUAAGUACAGAAGCAUUAUUGAUUUCUAUCGUCGUCGAUAUGUAUUUGUUUGCAUUGAAUAAUUUUAUACUUUUGUUAUAAUUGUAAUGCUAGACAUAAUAGUUGAAAUAUCAUAUUGUAUUUACAGAUAUGUACUCGGACAUAGAGUAUGGACUCUUUCAAACUAGUUAUAGCAGAGUCCUAUUUCUAAUUUUAUACGUUUUUUACAUAAUUAUUACAGUUAUUAUGAUGUUUCAUGGACAUUAUUAGGCCUACUGCUUAGUUUAUAUUCUACAGUUUUGACCUUGGACAAGUAUUUCGAACAAAGUUUCACAAAAGCAUCACGUCGACAUCACAUUAGCAGGCCGUUUGGACAUUUAUGAUGAAAUUAAAAUUUCACUAAAUGUCAGUUAUUGGGUAAGUGUUUGGUUUGUGGUACAAGGGAGAUUAUUUUAAAACAUUUCAAAAAUGCUUUUUAAAAAACAAUAUUUCAAUUAAAUUAUAGGUAAAUGAUAAAGAGUUUUAAAAAUCUAGGUAGAGUGUUAACUGUAGUAUGUCAUACCAUGAGUACAUUUGAUAGGUAAUUUGUUAUCAACGGUAAUUGUUAGAUUUAUCUAUGUGCAAAAUUAAUUUAUGUGAUCUUUGGAUUGUCCGGUAAAUA